AUGAAUACUAAAACUCAGCACCCAUUCAGCAUUGAUUUUAUUACGGGAGAAGCCAUGAGGAGUGAAAAUGAUGACCUCGGGUUAAAUAUGUACAACCCUGACCAGCUGGCUGACAAUAUGGAAAAAGCGCCGAUAAACAACUGUCGACAGACACCGUCACCGACGGACAGCGGACUAGAGUCCGACCACUCGCCGUCGCGGUUAGAGACUCACAAUGCAUCGAAAGACAACUCGAUUGCUGAGUUACAGGUACUCCUUUCUUUGGAGAAAAAUGCAUCCGGUUCAAAGGCAAAGGUCACAGACAGCAACGCAGACGACAAGCCAACACAAUCGUACAUUGCCCUUAUCUCCAUGGCGAUUCUUAGUACACCCGGGCGACGUAUGCUGCUAAGCGACAUAUACCAGUACGUGAUGGAUAACUUUGACUACUACAACAACAACGAAAAAGCAUGGCGUAACAGCAUUCGUCAUAAUCUCAGUCUGAACGAGUGCUUCGUGAAAGCAGGACGAGCUGACAAUGGUAAAGGAAACUAUUGGAGUAUUCACCCAGCAUGUAUAGAAGAUUUCGCAAACGGAGAUUUCCGCAGACGACAGGCGAGACGUCGGGCAAGGAAGAGCUUGAAGGAUACGAAUCAACAACAUGCCCCAUCUUCUGUAUAUAGAUACAACAUAGGGUACGUGCCCAUGACAGCAUCACACAUCGCUUACCACCCAUACAACAACGCGACAGCAGCUUCAUCCAUGUAUUACCCGCAAUCCCGCGUUUUCCCGCCAAUGGCACAUGCACAUCCACAAACUACGUCAUCAAGCGCGUUCUUGCACACGAAUCAAUCACAGGCGCAGUCAAGCUAUUUGUCAGGGUGUGCCUUUAGUGGUCCACAGGGAAAAUCAUCGCAAGGCUUUUCUGCAUCUGCACAGAAACUUUUGGCUGAUCAGACGAACUCGGCAGCUCUUUCAAUGCAAGCGUUCGCACAACAACAAUUAGCGUCAAGUUUACAGUUUCAAAACUGGUGAUGAACGAACACUAUUUCUUUUGUGAAAAAUGUGCUAUAUUUUGUAAAUAUCAUUUGUUGCAUUUGAAUGACAUGUAUAUAGAUCUAUGUAAUAUAUUAAAUAGUGAUUUUUCUAAAAGUCGUCUUAUUUUUGAAAGCGUUAUUUUCCAAGUAGAAUCUACGAAAUCAUAGGACGAGUUCUAACCUAAAUAGAGUUUGUUCGAUUAACUAAACUAAACAAAACUAAGUUUCUACCCCAGCAACGUCAUUUGACAUACAUUGCCUACUCGAGUUCGAUCAACAUCGUCGUAUAUUUCACCACCUUUACUUAAUUACAUAGUCCUAGCGAAAACCUUCGUUU